UGGGUUGCAUGCACUGUGGACUCCAGUGGGUUAAUCUCAAAAACUAUGCGGGUCUUGAAAAGAGAAGAAAGAAGAAAAAAAAAAGAUCUCUGCGUCUUUAAAGUUUAUGUAGCAACAGAGGGAUUGUAGCGAUAAUGCUAUUAGGGCGGCAGAUCAGUUACUUCUGACGCUCCAAAGCCUCGGGGAGUUGGCUCAAGAUUGCUUGCCUUUGAUAAGGUCCUCGCGAGGCAACUUCGCGAGCCGGGAAACGAAUGGGGAGAUACGUGACAGAAAAAAAGGGGCGCAAAGGUCUGGAAAUAAAAAAAAUCUAAAAACCUUCGGAUUGCAUUUCAUCCACAGUGACUCUGACGUUAAUAACGUUCACCGGCAACUAUUCGGUUUGUUUUUAAUGCAUUUCUGAGGCGCGAGAGGCUGUAAUUGUUUUUUAUGCUGCUGUCGGGACCCGGCAGUCGGUUCCUGGCUUUGAAGUGCGCUGCUCCAGCCUCUCGGUUCAGUUGGUGUUGGAGUCGCCUGCAGGAGAGAGCCACCGUGCGGCAUGGCAGCCUGAGACCAACCGGAGGAGGAGGAGGAGGAGGUGGAGAAAGGGAGGAGGGAGAAAAGCGCUAUUUUUUUUCUUCUUCUUCUUCUUCCUCUCGAGUGCGUUUUUCUCUCCGUGAAACCGACUCGAGCCUGAACGGACUGUAUGUGGACGCGCUGAGGAGACGGAGCUCUGUGGAUUUAUACGCGCUUUCGGAUACGAAACAAACGCCGCGACAGGAGUUUUUAAUUUGAGGAGAGGACCCGCAGAUCGAUGGGAGAAGACGGGCAGCCGGAGAGAAGCUCCCCCGCUGACAUAAGAGAGUGAGGAGAUUACAGUAGAAGCUCAGAGGAGGCGAACAGCACACAGGCUUCAGCCGUCAGAGCCAUGAGCCGGGCGCUCAUGGACCACAUCGCCAGUAGUUUCCGAGAAGAUGCCCCUCGACCCCCGGUGCCUGGGGAGGAGGGCGAGGCGCCCUGCUACCCCGGCAAACUCGCAGUGAUGAAAACCGCGGAACUCCCCAGGUCGGUUCUGCUCGGCUCUCCGGGCUCAUCGGCGAGGAGGAACGAGGAUGGACUUGGGGAGCCCGAGGGGAGUGCGUCCCCGGAUUCGCCGCUCUCCCGGUGGACAAAGUCUUUGCACUCUCUCCUCGGGGACCAGGACGGUGCUCUUCUCUUCAGGACAUUCCUGGAGCGGCAGAAAUGCGUCGACACGUUAGACUUCUGGUUCGCCUGCAAUGGCUUCAGGCAAAUGGACCUCAAGGAUACCAAAACGCAUAGAGUCGCCAAAGCAAUUUACAAGCGCUACAUCGAGAACAACAGCAUUGUCGCCAAACAGCUCAAGCCUGCGACUAAAACCUACAUACGGGAUAAUAUCAAGAAGCAGCACAUAGACUCUGCCAUGUUCGACCAGGCGCAGACCGAGAUCCAGACCAACAUGGAGGAGAACGCGUACCAGAUGUUUCUGACCUCUGACAUUUACCUCGAGUACGUGAGGAGUGGAGGAGAAAACCCCAACCACGUCAACUCCAACGGGCUGGGCGACCUGAAAGUUGUGUGUGGAUACCUGCCCACGCUCAAUGAAGAGGAGGAGUGGAGUUGUGAUUUCAAAGCCAAAGCGCUGGUUGGACUGUCAGCGAAGGUGAACAGGGCCCCCGUGUCCAUGAGGGCGGUGGAGGUGCUGGAGGGGGGAUACAGAUCAUACAAACGAGGAGACUCGUUCAACCCCUGCCACAUGGGCUCUUUCGCCCCUGUCAGCAGCACCAAUGACAGUGAGGUGUCCAGUGACGCUUUGACCGACGACGCCAUGUCCGUGACUGACAGCAGUGUAGAUGGCAUCCCUCCGUAUAAACUGGGCUCCAAGAAACAGCUACACAGAGAGAUGCAUCGCAACAUGAGGAUGAAUAGCCAAGUCUCUCUGCCUGCUUUCCCUCGCACUCGUUGUCCUCCCAAGGAGAUUGUCCCACUGAAGCCGGCAGAUUUCGCAGCGCAGCUCAUCUCCCGCCUGGAGAGCUUGAAGAGAGAGCAGGACACCAUCAGCUCUCUGGAGGAGAGGCUGCAGCAGAUUCAGGAGGAGGAGGAAAGAGAAGAUACAGAGAUCAUGGGAAGUGCUCCCCAGCUCUCCCCCCACCCCUUGACCCUCCUCUCUGGCUCCUCUGAUGAGGACCCCCAGGCCAUCCUGGAUGAACACCUCUCUCGUGUACUGAAGACCCCCGGCUGCCAGUCACCAGCUGUCAUCCGCCAUUCCCCUCGCUCCAGCUCCCCAGAACACAGGCCCUUCGCUCGGGCAGGCUUUGGAAUCAAGGCCCUUGUGAGGACUGGGGGACCCAGUUCAUCUGUGUCCAGUCCUGACCAAGGGGCGUUCAAUCUGGCUUUGGGCCCCAACAGGACCCUCGUAAGCCGGCAGAGCCUGAAACACAUCCACCACCACUACAUUCACCAUCAUGCCAGUCCCAAGUCUCAAGAGCAAAUUGAAAGAGAGGCCGCCCUCAGGGUGCAUGGCCUGUGCUCCAGCAGUGGAGAGUGCCAGCCAUACCAACGCAGCCGUAGCCUGGGCAGAGAGAUGUGCAGGGCUAUUACAACAGACAACAAUAUGGGGCGUUCCAGCUCUCUAUCCAGGCGUGUGUGUCGUUCAGGAGCUGAGGAUGGAGUGGCAGAGAGGUCUAUGGAAGACUGUGGGCUUGUACAGCUGCCCAGUGACACGACAGACCCCGCCCAAAAUGUGUUGCAGUGGAUCCUGGAAAGUAAACAGCGGGGCAGGCAUAAGGCUCACAGUACCCAGACCACCAAGAAAUCCUUUGGAGGCACUUCCACCCAGACACACACAUGGGGUGGUGGAGGAAGUUGUGGCCACUUACGUAGCCACCAGCCAGCCCAGCCAUUCAUCCAAGACCCUGCCAUGCCUCCCCUGCCCCCUCCCAACACUUUGGCCCAGCUGGAGGAGGCCUGUCGCAGACUGGAGGAGGUCUCCAUCAAGACCACCAAGCAAAGGCAUUCAAUUUCCAGUCUCCAGCGAGAGAAGAGCCACCUAGUGCCUGUCCAGGGUGGGGGGUCCGUCCCUCUCUCUCAAGCCAAUCCCAGCCCUGCCAGUCUCCUCGCAACCAGCCCCGGUCUCCAAUCAGAAGAGGUGAAGGAGUGCAAGAAGGGGUUCGGAAGCAAUGGAGUUUGCAGUGGCGAGACAGUGGUGACAUAUUUCUUCUGUGGCGAGGAGAUCCCCUACCGGAGGACCAUGAAGAGCCACAGUCUCACCCUUGGCCACUUCAAGGAGCAGCUCCGCAAGAAGGGCAACUACAGGUACUACUUCAAAAAAGCCAGUGAUGAGUUUGACUGCGGCGCGGUGUUCGAGGAAGUGUCAGACGAAGGCUCCUUGCUGCCCACGUACCAGGGCAAAAUCCUGGGCAAGGUGGAGAGGAUGGAGUGAGGCUGGGGUGCCCACAUGUUGUGGAAUAAACUCCUACGAACGCUUCGCACCUCUGUGGAUGUACUUCUCUGUUAUGCCCACACACGCAAAGCAUGUGUCUUCUUAAGCUAAGACUGUCGGACUGGAGACGUUGUUGAAGGAAUGUCGUCGAGGUCUGGGCGAAAGGAUCGGAUGGAAUAUGGAGAAGGAAAAAGGAAGGAGGACAAGUUGGCGCUAUUGCAGGACUAUCAUGUGAACAGCCCACCUUGAAGUGAAGAAAAUGAUGGACUGUGUUGCUGGACUGAAACAUCUCCAUGGUUCCAGAGGAGAAAUUUCUAGAGACUCUAGGUGAAUGACCACUUGUCAAGAAAUGGGGCAGAGGGUUUUAAAUCGGAGACUGAUACCCGACCUGACCCUGCCUGUGCCAGCGUCUGCCCCUGGGCACUUGCUCGCACAUCGCUAAUAUGUAUAUGCAGAUAUACAUGUACAUUGCAUUGUAUUGUGAUGCUCGUAUUGCUGUGUAAAGAAUUCUAUUGCUAUUUAUUGAAGAUAUCCCUGUCCCACCCUAAUUACUCUGCCAUGGACGAGCUGCUUGGAGUUGGAGAAACUUCUCCAAUUUCCAUAUCCAUGAUUUUUUCUCUUCCCCCCCCCUUCUGAGCAUCAGUUCUCGAUCAAAGAAAAUGGUUGUGUUCAUUUUCAGCCCCUUAUAUUGAACUGUAAACUCCAAAAAUACCUCUUCCAAAUGUCCACUCCUUGCUCUGGAGACUUUAAUUGGACAUCUGUGAUCUCUUUGCUGGAGAGCUCACUGCUGAAGCUUUGAGAACGGCUCUCCAUCACUUAAAGUUUGAUAAUAUAUUUACUACUACAGCGCUAUUUGUGGCCAUGUCCCCCAUCUGCUCUGAAGGGCCCUGAGUGUACUAUGAAAAUGCUUUUAAUGUCUAAUUCCUAACUCUGGGUCUCUGCCCAGCUUAGCCUUGAUCUGUCGCGUCUUAGUGCCUUUGUUUCAGCGGCGCAGGCAUCGCACAAAUAGCCUAUGUAUUUAAGAGGAAACUGCCCUGAACAGGUCCUAGAGUCCCCAAAAUGUGUUUACACCAAUAGUAAUAUUUACCAACAAAAAGCUCUAUGAUGUGCUCCCCUACGUGCUUACUUAUGUGUAUGUGUGACUGAGAUGCUUUCGACUAGGAUUACUCUGUGUGUGUUUGAAACCUGCUCUAUGAGCUGCAGAUGAUCAUGAUGGUGGUGAUAUACACUAUGUCCAUAGUGUUUUAAUAGAGUACAGAAGCUGUGCCUACAUGGAUUCUUGCCGUGUUUUACCCAGUUUUCAGGGUCCUGUUACUCCCUUGGUUUUUCAAGGGGCCUUAUGUCGAAAAGAUAUUUUUAUGCCUUUUAGUAUCCGUUUCAUCAUGUAUAUGUUUUAUAAUAUUUUUCAUGGCUUCCUCAACUCCACUUGUAAACUGUAAAUUAUACGUUCUAUAGAGCUCAGUUGAAAAGAUGCCUCGGUACUUUAAUUAUUGUAAUUAUGAAGAGAUGUAGCCUUUAUUAAAAUGGUCUAUUUUUCAAAUUA